AUGGCUUCUGGAAGACUGAUCAAGCUCAUGGUUUUUGAGCUGCUGGAGUUUGCUGCUUUCUCAGUCCCCACGCUUGUGAUUAUGGAGCAGUUUGCCACUGCCUAUCAAAGGACCAGGAAUAUGUCUGAUCGAACACAUUAUUGGCUGAUCGUUUCCUGUUCUAUUGCCUAUGUGGCUUCAGUGACUCUAUUGAUUUGGGUCCCCAUAAAAGUUAUCUUAUACAAGAAACGUCAUCUUUACAAAAAAAUCACAGGAUGGAGACCUGUUCUGAUGAUGUGUGUAAUACUCACCACACUUCCCAGCUUCGGCUUUUCUAUAGCAGUGACCGAGGUUCAAAAGAACAUCAAUGGCUCUGCUGAUUUAUUACCUGAUGCCUUACCUGAUCUGCCAGUGUCCCUGGUUCUGUUAUCCUUGAUCUUGGUUGAUAUUAUUGAAAAAAUCAGGAUAUAUCCUCUCAGAGGAAGUGAAGAGAGUAAUGAGAAUGGGCAUAUCUACGUAACCUCUUUGCAACAAAUAAAAACCGUGGCGGAGCAAGUGAGUCAAAGUGAAGACAGCGCUCAGGCCGCCAAGUCCACCCAGUGGUCGCGAUCACCCGGAGCCGCGACUCAAAGGCAGGUUCCUGUGAUAGUAGUGGGGCCCCAGGAGCCCUCCUUAGACUCUGGAAUCCUGAGAACAAUGUCCCGCAGAGACGUCCGGGCGGAGAUAUUCCUGUGGAGCUUUCUGCUGUGGUCAGACACGGUGGAAAUGCUGCGUGUGGCCGGUCACCCAGCUGUGUACAAGUCAGGCUGGCUGUACCCCGUCUACAUAUUCAGUUUCAUCUCUCUUCUUCGAAUAGUAUCCACUCCCCAGAACCCUCUUCUGAAUUCCCUGGGCAUCCUACUGCAGGAUUUGCCUUUUGUUUUUGUGAGACUUAGUUUAAUUAUUGCUCUGGGGACUAUCACACCCAUACUGGGACUAUGUAAAAAUGUACUAGUGACGCUCUCUUACGUGUACUUCAAUUACCUAACCAAACUCAGGGGUUUCUCUACCUUUGAAACGUCUCCAUUUUAAAAAGAAAGGGAAAGACACUCAGACUUCAUUAAGCAUAUAUGCACAUUCAUAAUGAUUUUUUUCUGGGCCAUAUGUGUUUAUACUGUGUAAAGAAUGAAGAAUAGAUUGUAGAGGAAAAACAUUUUUAAUAACUAUAGCAUAUCAAUUUCAUGUAUAAAAAUGGUGCUGAAUCUAAGCAGUUAAACUCAUAUAAGUUAGCUACAAUGGAUCUCCAGAAAUGUUAGUAGUUCAUUUUAGUUAUGUAUACUGCAUUUUUCUUAAAGCACUCUUUAAUAAAGACUUCUUAAAAAUAGAAACAUGUUUUCCCUGUAAUUUAACUCAAUAAUGAGGUAUACCUUUGAUAUGAAAAAGUGCAUGAAUUAAUUAAUUAAAAUUAAUUUUUAGGAAAUAUGCUUGAAAUUACUGAAUACUUAUAGAUUCCACUUUCUUUAAAUCUGAAAAUUGUAGUUUCAGAAUUUCCUUCAAACAGAAUUAUACACACACACACCUAUAUAUAUAUUUUUUUUCUUCUUUUUCUUCUU